AUGAUUAACAUAGCUGAAUACCAAAAUAUACCGCAACAAGCAACAAUUUUAGUAACAAAUGGUUUAAAUGGUGCUAAAACACCGUUAACAACGUCGGAUAUAUUAAGUACAAAUUUGGUGAGUAAUGUAGAAGCUGUGGAAUGGUUAAGUGGUGGACGACUGCUGAUAAAAGCUGAUCAAAAUUAUACAAUUAUUGAUACAACAAAACCAGAUUUUCCAUCUACAAUAUUUGAUGGAGAUGGCAUUUUGACAAAAUAUGGUAGAACUGUUGCUUGGAGUUUUUCGCACGAUUCUCAGUACAUUGCUAUGGGCUUUGAGGAGAGAAAGUUGGAAAGGUAUCGGCAUUCGCAGUUUAUGGAAUAUAAAAUUGCUCGUUUAGGACCCAAAAAAUACGAUGAAGGCGUAAAGUUGAUUGGAAAUGUAGGACUAAAUAGUAGUGGAUCUGACCUGUUGGAAUUAUUCAGAUGGAAUCCAAAAUCCAAUUCAUACGCAUUUGUUUUUGAAAAUGAUGUUUAUUAUUGUGAAUAUCCAGAAUCUCAAGUGAUGCAUCAGAUUACCAAAGACAGAAACAGAUUUGUAUAUAACGGUAUUUCUGACUGGAUUUAUGAGGAAGAAAUAUUAUCGAGCAGUUCAACACUUUGGUGGUCCCGUUCCGGUAACUAUUUGGCAUUUUUAUCAAUUGAUGAUCGAAAUGUUACGCAAAUUGAAUAUUCAAUUUACGAUAAACGACAGUAUCCGUUUACAAAUCGUAUUCCAUAUCCAAAAACUGGUGCAAAAAAUUUACCAAAGAUUUCUUUAUCAAUUUUUGAUCGAAUUAAUAAACAAACCAAAAAAAUGUUCAUUGAUUUGCGAAACUCAUCUUAUGCUACAUAUUUAUUCUCAGCAUCAUGGGGUAAAAUUCGUGGUAAUGAAGUAUUGGUUGCUUCUUUUGCAAAUCGUUUUCAAAACUAUGUUUCAAUAACAAUUUGUACAUUUGAAUCCGGCAAAUGUGUACUGAAUUAUGAUCAACCGUUUAAUAUUCGUGAUCGCCAACUUUGGGCUGAACCAGAAGACUUUCGGAUUAAUUUCUUUGCCAAUGAUUCAUACUUUGUAACGUUACCUCAUUUAGCAUCAAAUGGUGAAAUAUAUAAUCAUAUUGCAAGGAUUACAGUCCCGGUAAAUUUAUCGUACGGUCGAGCUGUGUUUUUACCGAUGGGUGACUAUGAUGUCAUAAAUAUACGAGCUUAUAAUCCGAAGGAAGAAAAAAUCUCCACAACCAUCGCAGAAGCAUCUAUAUGUUACAUCGUCUUCGCUGCAGCAAACGAAAGUGUAAAAGAUCGUUGCGUAACGUGUGAUGCUUUUCGAGACUGUACGUAUCAAGAGCUAAAGUUUGCUGAAGAUGCUGACAAAUUUGUAAUCAUCUGUCGUGGCCCUGGAAUUCAGAGGUUGUUCCUGACCAGCGUGUCUUCCAAUUUAACGAUUCGUAGUUCUGCAAGGCGCCAUUUUUUACAGUUUAUAGACAAAGAACUUGGGAAUUACGAGAAAUUAAAGGAAAAAUACGAUUCAAAACUUCUGCCGAGAACACAUUUUGAAAACAUUCAGUUGAAAAGUGGAUUUGUCGCCUCGGUUAAAAUGAUUCUACCGUAUGAACUAGACCUUGACGCUGUCGACCACAAGUAUCCAUCAAUUGUAUCUGUUUAUGGAGGACCAGGUUCACGAAAGGUAGUUGAGGAGUACUCAGUGAACAGCAUUGACACGCUGCUUGGCACCAAAUAUGUGGUUGUUUUCAUCGAUGCCAGAGGCUCAGGUUUACGUGGAUGGACCUAUAAAGAGCAGCUGUUGGGACGUCUUGGUACUGUCGAAGUCGACGAUCAAACUGAAACAAUUAGAUUAUUGACGGAGAAGCAUCGAUUUCUGGAUCCUCAUCGAAUAGGCAUUUGGGGAUGGUCGUAUGGUGGCUUUGCUGCUGCAUUAGCAAUACAACGAGACGAAAAAAAGACGUUCAAUUGUGCGGCCAGCGUGGCGCCAGUCACUAAUUUUAAUUUUUAUGAUGCAACGUAUACAGAACGAUACAUGGGAAAUGCAAGUACCUUAGCCUACGACCGUACAGACCUUAUGCGCAAUGUAACCAAGUUCAAAAAUGUCCAGUACCUGAUUAUUCAUGGAACUGCAGACGAUAAUGUUCACUUCCAAAAUACACUACAAUUUAUACGAACUUUGGAAGAACAAAAUAUUCACUUCCAGUUAAUGGUUUAUCCAGACGGAACACAUGGUCUCUUAUGGGCACGUUUUCAUCUAUAUACUUUACUAACUGAAUUCUUCAAAAAGUGCUUCCAGUGA